GAGCACCACAGGUCAAAAAGAUUAAAGAAACUCAAGAGGGAGAGUGUGGGAGGAGGUUUUAAGCAGGAGUGUGGGAAAACUGAGAGGGUGACAACGAGAAGGGAUCUGGAAAAGUCUGAGGACUGUGUUGAAAUCCUGAGUACUCAAAUUCCUUCUAACAAAGUGCCAGUUGUGCAGCACCCACACCAUGUACACCCUCUUACGCCGCUUAUCACGUACAGCAAUGAGCACUUCACACCAGGAAACCCUCCUCCACACUUACCAGCCGACGUAGAUCCCAAAACAGGAAUUCCAAGGCCUCCACAUCCUCCAGAUAUAUCUCCUUAUUAUCCAUUAUCACCGGGCACUGUAGGACAAAUCCCCCAUCCGCUAGGAUGGUUAGUACCACAGCAAGGUCAGCCAGUGUAUCCAAUCACAACAGGGGGUUUCCGCCACCCUUACCCAACAGCUCUGACCGUCAAUGCUUCCAUGUCAAGGUUUCCUCCACACAUGGUCCCGCCACACCAUAGUUUACAUACAACUGGAAUCCCUCAUCCGGCCAUAGUCACACCAACAGUCAAACAGGAAUCCUCCCAGAGCGACGUCGGCUCACUCCACAGCUCAAAACAUCAGGACUCCAAAAAAGAAGAAGAGAAAAAGAAGCCACACAUAAAGAAACCUCUUAAUGCAUUUAUGUUGUAUAUGAAGGAAAUGAGAGCAAAAGUUGUAGCAGAAUGCACAUUGAAAGAGAGCGCAGCCAUCAACCAAAUCCUCGGUCGAAGGUGGCAUGCGCUAUCCAGAGAAGAACAAGCGAAAUACUAUGAACUAGCAAGAAAGGAACGACAGCUUCACAUGCAGCUGUACCCGGGCUGGUCCGCACGGGAUAACUAUGGAAAGAAGAAGAAGAGGAAAAGGGAUAAGCAGCCAGGAGAGACCAAUGAACACAGCGAAUGUUUCCUAAAUCCUUGCCUUUCACUUCCUCCGAUUACAG